CUGAACUACGCCAGUCAGUCGUGCUUUGCGGAGUCUGAAACAACAGUGAGAAGAUCUAGAAAUGGGUCUGGCUGAAGAGGAAAGGCCAACGAUGGAAAGGCCGGAGUCCGUAGCGAGUGGCUGCUCAGAGGACAGAUAUUCUGUAGCGAGUGGCUGCUCAGAGGACAGAUAUACCGUAGCGAGCGGCUGCUCAGAGGACAGAUAUUCCGUAGCGAGUGGCUGCUCAGACGACUGAUAUACCAUAGCGAGUGGCUGCUCAGACGACUGAUAUACCGUAGCGAGUGGCUGCUCAGACGACUGAUAUACCGUAGCGAGCGGCUGCUCAGAGGACAGAUAUACCGUAGCGAGCGGCUGCUCAGAGGACAGAUAUUCCGUAGCGAGUGGCUGCUCAGACGACUGAUAUACCGUAGCGAGUGGCUGCUCAGAGGACAGAUAUACCGUAGCGAGUGGCUGCUCAGAGGACAGAUAUACCGUAGCGAGUGGCUGCUCAGAGGACAGAUAUACCAUAGCGAGUGGCUGCUCAGAGGACAGAUAUACCAUAGCGAGUGGCUGCUCAGAGGACAGAUAUACCGUAGCGAGUGGCUGCUCAGAGGACAGAUAUACCGUAGCGAGUGGCUGCUCAGAGGACAGAUAUACCGUAGCGAGUGGCUGCUCAGAGGACAGAUAUACCGUAGCGAGUGGCUGCUCAGAGGACAGAUAUACCGUAGCGAGUGGCUGCUCAGAGGACAGAUAUUCCGUAGCGAGUGGCUGCUCAGACGACUGAUAUACCGUAGCGAGUGGCUGCUCAGACGACAGAUAUACCGUAGCGAGUGGCUGCUCAGAGGACAGAUAUACCAUAGUGAGUGGCUGCUCAGAGGACAGAUAUACCGUAGAGAGUGGCUGCUCAGAGGACAGAUAUUCCGUAGCGAGUGGCUGCUCAGACGACUGAUAUACCAUAGCGAGUGGCUGCUCAGAGGACAGAUAUACCGUAGCGAGUGGCUGCUCAGAGGACAGAUAUUCCGUAGCGAGUGGCUGCUCAGACGACUGAUAUACCGUAGCGAGUGGCUGCUCAGACGACUGAUAUACCGUAGCGAGUGGCUGCUCAGACGACUGAUAUACCGUAGCGAGUGGCUGCUCAGACGACUGAUAUACCGUAGCGAGUGGCUGCUCAGACGACUGAUAUACCGUAGCGAGUGGCUGCUCAGAGGACAGAUAUACCGUAGCGAGUGGCUGCUCAGAGGACAGAUAUACCGUAGCGAGUGGCUGCUCAGAGGACAGAUAUAAUUUCCUGGAAACGUAGGGCUAAACAACUUUCAAACCUUGUGAACUGAUUUAUGUUCCAGCAUUGCAGUUUUAAUAAAAUAAAAUGAAUAAGUUCAUUUCUUUAAUUCCAGAGGAUAAACGAGACAAAAGAAACUACAGAUACGGCAGUGCUGCUGUUAGACACCUUUAUAACAGAGGAGAUCAUCACCUGCACCCAGCAGUUCCUCUUCAGCGAGUGACCGCUCGCAUGGAGUGCCUCCUAGUAUGGACCUGAGUAUACAGAACCUGGCUCUAAGGGAAAAGAAACUGGCAGAAAAGCAGGACCAAUGGGAAAAGGACUUGAACCUGAGGGAAAAGAACCUGGCCCAGAGAGCAAAGAAGCUGGCAGAAGAGCUGGUCCAAUGGGAAAAGAACUUGGAUCGUAGAGAACAGAACAUGACCAAGAAGCCGAACCUGAGGAAGACUGACUUCAACAAACUUAAAAUUAUCUCGAUGACGCCCGUAUCACCCUACAGAGAGCAAUCCACAGAUUCCAGGGCACUGAGAUCCAGACGUGGAAGUGAGAUACCUGUAGCAGUGGACUCUAGCGGCCAGAAGAAGAAGAGCUUUUACAGCGAUGACGACAGCGGAUACGGGUAGAACUCAGUGAACUGAGCCUCUGAAAGGAGAGCAGGUUUGAUGUUUAUGGGUUUGGGUUGGACAGUAAACACAACACAAAGAUGUAAAGCACUGAUACACAAUUCUACAUAUAAUUUACAAUAUUCUCACUAGCAGAGAGUUUCUCUGCCAAUUUCUAAUAGAAAGUCUGUUUUCUGAGGAAAUCAUGGGGAUAAAAGCUGACAGAUGAUCUCACUGGGCGCUGUGUGUGAUCUUCAUAUUAUUAUUGUUUUUAUAGGUCUUUUUGUUGGGCAUGCAGAAUAAACAGAAAUCGAUGUUCUUGUUUUAACAACGAUCAUUUUACAGUUGUUAUCAGUCUUGUUAGUGAUGUAUGCAGCCAAUAUGUUGUGUUGAAUACUCAAAUAAAAAGCUCCUCUUGUACUGCA